GAGCACACGCAGAGUCCAGCACUGCUCCUGGUGACACACAGCCACAGCACAGUCCAGCAGUCUGGUCCUCCUGCCUCUCCUCAUCCUCCAGUUCCUCUCAGGGCUUGGAGAGAGAAUAAGACACGGACGGAAGGAAGGAGGGACGGACGGAGGGACGGAAGGAAGGGAAGGAAGGAAAAAAGAAAGGAAGGAAGACUGGGGUCUUGUUUUUUUCCCUUCUGCCUGCCAGAGCAGAUUGUCGGUUAGAUCCGGUCAGAAACGCCACCACUGUCUGUGUCUCCGUAUGACUGUGCCGUGUUUUCCCAUCAUCGAGUGAAGAAGCGACGUAUGUGCUCCGAUGUCUCCAGAAUGUAGGCACACUGCAAGACCAGCAGUAUUCCCCUUGGUCCCUGUCCCGACACUUCGAUGAAGACAGGCGCCUCCCUUUCCCCCCAUCCAGGAACAUGAAGGGCUUAUCGGGUGGCCGUUCCCAGCACCAGAUCCCCUCGCCCCACGGCCUGGACCAAUUCGAUCAUCCUCAAGACUUCCAUGGCAUGGGUCAUCAUGGCGGUGCCUCUGACUCGCGCCACCCCUCCUACCUGCUUAGCCCCACUGACAGCUGCCCCAUGGACUACCACCACCGCUAUUCACCGCGGAGCUCCAUCCACUCCGACUGCAUGAUGAUGUCGCCGGUCAUAAUGGCGCCCUCAUCCGGCGGCGGCGGCGGCUCUGCCAUCGACCACGUCUCCAGCAGCACCUUUCCCCGAAUGCACUACAGCUCCCAGUUCUACGACUCGGCCACGCGGGACGACUGCGCCGCCAUCGCUGCCUCCGCUGCCUCCGCUACCUCCCACGCCCCCUCUGCCGCCUCCGCGUCAGCCUUGCAGUACCAGGGCAGCGGCAAGAGCAACCGCAUCCCUGCCAACCUGCUGGACCAGUUCGAGAAGCAGCUGCCCCUUCACCGCGAUGGCUUCCACACUCUGCAGUACCAGAGGACGUCCACCACCACCACCACCACAGAGCAGCGCAGCGAGAGCCCCGGGCGCAUCCGCCAUCUCGUCCACUCCGUCCAGAAGCUCUUCACCAAGUCCCACUCCCUGGAGGGCUCGUCCAAGAUGAAUGGGACCAAGGGCGAGGGCGGAGGCGGAGGGGGCCACCACGGAGGCUCACAGCACAGCCAUCAUGGGGGCUCAAAGCACGGCAGCAAGCGGAGCAAGAGCAAGGAGCGCAAGGCUCACCGCUCCGGGGGCGCCGGUGGCUUCUGGAGCUCCGACGACAACUUGGACAGCGACAGCACCUACCGCACGCCCAGCGUCAUGAGCCGUCACCACGGCGACCACACCCACGCCGCCCACUGCUACCCGGACUCCAUGCACCACAGUCACUUUGGGGACCUGUCCCUCAAGACCUCCAAGAGCAACAACGAUGUCAAGUGUUCGGCGUGCGAGAGCAUGGCCAUAGCUCCGGAGGGGAAGUUCAUGAAGAGGAGCUCCUGGUCAACACUGACCGUCAGCCAGGCUAAGGAGGCUUACAGGAAGUCCUCGUUGAACCUGGAGAAACCCAUGAUACACACAGACCUCAAGCCCUCGCUGCGCGCCUGUCACUACCUACAGGUGCCUCAGGAUGAGUGGAGUGGAUACCCGGAGGACGGGGACAAAGACGAGGAGAUCCCGUGUCGCCGGAUGCGCAGCAGCAGCUACGUCAAAGCCAUGGGAGAGGGAGACAACGACUCUGGGGGCGAAUCUGACGGCAGCCCCAAGACUUCACCCCAGAAGGCCAUCCGUCCCGAUGCGCUCGUCCUCAAAUCAGUUAUGCAGAGGCCCCACAUAGAGCCCCAAAGCCAGGGCUACCACUUGCAAACCACUCGAGACAUGAUGCGGCCCCAUACCAGUGUCACCCUGGACCCAUCUACCAACUACCCCCAGCACCACAUACCCCUCGGCCCUCAGUUCCGCUCCCGGAACCAGAGCUACAUGCGCGCUGUCAGCACCCUCAGCCAGGCAAGCUGCGUCAGCCAGGUGAGUGAGACUGAGGUCAAUGGCCAGUUUGAGUCAGUUUGCGAGUCCGUUUUUAGCGAAGUAGAAUCCCAGGCCGUGGAGGCCUUGGACCUGCCUGGCUCAUUCCGCACUCGAAGCCACAGUUACCUGCGUGCAAUUCAGGCUGGGUAUUCCCAAGACGACGACUGCUUGCCUUCAAUGACAUCCUCCACUGUCACUUCAACUCUCAGAUCCACAACAGGUAUACAGUUUCGUCUCCCUUCUUCCUGCAGUGUGGACCGAGACAAUCCACCUCCAGCUGUGACGCACACUCCUACCUACAAGGCCAAGACGCCCCCGCCUGUGCCCCCGCGCGCCACCUCCAAGCCCCUCAUCUCGGUGACGGCCCAGAGCAGCACGGAAUCUACCCAGGACACGUACCACGAGGGCAGGCACCAGCGGGGGAGCAUACUGUGGGCGCCGGACAGUCUGGGCGGAUCGGGUCGGACCCUCUACAACUCCACCGACAGCCUAGACAGCGCCAAGGCGGUGACCCUGGCCAUGGAGACGUCUGCGGCCAAGCGGCACGCGCCCACGGGCAGCCACAGCUCGGUGCAGACGUGUGACAAGGCGGUGCUGGUGUCCAAGGCGGAGGAAUACCUGAAAACACCACGCUCCUCCAUAGGGAUACAGGUGGAGACGGCAACAGACUCCGAGUCGGAAAGCAAAGGGCUUCCUCAGUACCAUUCUGUUGGCACCCAGGUGGAAGAAGACAAACGGCAUGGCCGGUUCCGGCGGUCCAACAGUGUGACCACAGCUGUACAAGCUGACAUGGAGCUGGAGGGAUUCCCCACCAUGGAAGACAAAGGCCUGCAGUUCGGGGGGGGCCUGGGCUUCCGUGCGGGCCACUCAGAGCCCAGCACACCCACUCAGUACGGGGCCGUCCGCACCGUCCGCACCCAGGGCCUCUUCAGCUACCGGGAGGACUACCAGCGCUCCUCUAGCGGACCGCCCAGCCCGCAGCCCGAGUCAUGGCUGACGGAGCCCUCCUUGGAGGGGGCGGAGGGGGGCCGGGUGUCCCCUCUUCGCAGGGACGGCAGCUGGUUCAUGCAGCUCCUCCAUAAUGAAACCAAGAGGAUGGAGGGAUGGUGUAAAGAGAUGGAGAGGGAGGCGGAAGAGCACGACCUGUCGGAGGAGAUCCUAGGGAAAAUCCGGAGUGCAGUGGGCAGUGCACAGCUCCUUAUGUCUCAAAAAUUCCAGCAGUUCUACUGGCUGUGUCAGCAGAACCUGGACCCCAGCGCCAUGCCGCGCCCCACCUCUCAGGACCUGGCCGGAUUCUGGGACCUUCUUCAGCUUUCCAUCGACGACGUCACUGCCAAGUUCGACGAGCUGCAGCAGAUCAAGGGCAAUGAGUGGAGGCCCGUGGAGAGCCCGGAGAAGAAGACGCCAUUACAGGAGAGGAGGUGGCCUCCCCCGCCGCCGAAAAGGCAGUCAAAAGGGCGCGGCGGCGUGAUGCGAGAACGCUCGCUGGACCUGCAGGACCGCCAGCGGCAGGAAGCCCGGCGGCGCCUCAUGGCAGCUAAGCGAGCGGCUUCCUUCAGACAGAACUCAGCCACAGAGCGGGCGGACAGCAUCGAGAUCUACAUCCCUGAGGCCCAGACCCGCCUUUGAGGUCCGAGGAUUGAGCCCACCUAGCCUGACCCCCCCCCCC